AUGCAGGCGCUGCGCGUGUGUGUGAACGACGAGCUGGUGGAUCUUGAGUCCGCCCUGACGACAAUUGCACCACGCGUGCGCAUUGGGGGCCGCAUCGGUGUCCUAUCCUUCCAGGUGGACGAAUCAUCCGUUCGACAGAAGACGUUUGCACGCAUUCGCCCGGGCUCCGGCGGUGGUGCUGGUGAUGAUGAUGAUGAUGAUGAUAAUGACGAUGCUGUGAUGGCACGCGCAUUGCCGUACCACGACAACCACGCACACGGCAGCGAACACCAACAGCAGCGCCAAGAUGCUCUGGAGGAGAUAGAGGCGAGCGGAAACAGUGACAAGGCGAUGACAAUAAAUGAUGCUGUGGAAGGUACGCGGGUGGUUGGACUGCACGCGGCCAACGAGCGACGCUGGCACUUGAGACGCAAUGUGCUCAUCACCAUUUUGCAGCGGUUACAGGAGGCCUUUGACACCCCAAGCAGUGAUGCUCACGACACUACCAACAACAACAACAACAACAACAACAACAACAACAACAACAGCAGCAGCAGCAGCAGCAGCAGCAGCAACACCCCCGCCACUAGCGGCGAGAGGAAGAAGGCUGAGGCGGUUGCGUUUGUGCAGGAUGUGCGCCGUCGCAUUGCGCGCGCGUACGAUCUCAACAUGAAGGCGCGACUCGGAUCGUCCCACCAUCGGCCGUGCGUCAGUGGCGGUGUGAUUGGUGGCAGCGUCGACUACAGCGACGAUUGCAACGCGUCUGAAAGCAGUGGUGAUGGUGAUGAUGAUGGCGGUAGCAGUGCUGUCGACCACGGUACCGAUGCUUCCACUGGACACGUGACGGCGCCCCAUCCCGCCUUUGCAAACUUGCGUGACCAGCUGCUGCGGAUGCACAGCGCCGCCAAACGCAUAGACGCCAGAGCUGCCACAUCUGCCGCUGUCGUCGACAAGGAGGAAGCCGUGAUGACGUGGGCAAUACCGCGAUGCGCCGAUAUGGAAGCACGCGUGGUGGCGGCGCUGCUCACGCCUUCACAAUCGCCCUCGUCACCAUCGCCUCAGCAGUCGAAAUCGGCGGGCGCGAAACAGUCGCGAGGAAGUGGCAAUAGGUCACGGGCACAGACACGCCAGCAGAUGGCGGUGGUGGACCGGGAGGAGGAUGUGAGACGACGACUGCGUGCUGCUGAGGAUGCACUGCGGCAGAUGCAGCCGCCACGAUGGACGCUGCCACCCGAGCUUGAGUACCGGUGUGUGUGGAAGAAAGAGGCGGGACCUGCUGGCAAGGAGCUCAGGCGCAAUCCACGCAGCCGCUCAGCCAGGCUGCAGAUGUACGAACGCAUCCGCUAGGCGUGUGUGUGUGUGUGUGUGUGCAUGUGUCUGUGUGGGUGUGGGUGUGGGUGUGUGUGUGUGUGUCUGUGUGUCUGUGUGUCUGUGUGUCUGUGUGUGUGUCUGUGUGUGUGUCUGUGUGUCUGUCGCUCGUGUCAUCGCAUCAUCAUGCUCCGAUGUCAGCGUGCGUGCAGCUUGCGAAGUUGUGCUCCUUCCUCGCUUCGCCGCUCGUCGAAUUGUGUAGGAAAUCAUUAAUAAAACUCCCACUGACGAA